CCUACAUCGGAGAAGCACGCCAUAACUACCAGCCAGCUAUUAUACUACUCUAACUACUGAUCCCCUCAACCGUCACCACCACCACCAACCAACACCACCACCACUAACUAUUAUUACCGCUACACCCCUCCCUUCCUCCCCCCUCACCGGAGAUAAAUCGCAACUAUAAAACCAGCCAACAGCACACCCACCUUUUUCCUUCCGGCCUCGAAAGCCAUUCCCCCCAAACGAAAACUCGCCCACCAUUUCGUUCAUAUUCGCUCGUCUUUUCGGCUCCUUUGCCGCUCCCCAGACUACAGCCGCCAUGUCCGCCGCAGCGAAGACGAAGGCUCAGAACCUGAUUAAUGAGAAUGGCGUUGUCGUCUUCUCGAAAUCCUACUGCCCUUACUGCAAGGCUACCAAGUCGACUCUGAGCGAGCUCGGAGCCAAGUAUACUGCUCUGGAGCUGGAUCAGAUUGACGAUGGAGCCGCGAUCCAGGACGCUCUUGAGGAAGUCACCGGCCAGCGUUCCGUGCCUAACAUCUUCAUCAACAAGCAGCACAUUGGAGGAAACUCGGACCUGCAGUCUCGCAAGGCGGAGCUGCCGCAGCUGUUGAAGAGUGCGGGUGCUUUGUAAAUUGUUAGAUAGAUGUGAUGGUGAAUUAAUCAAUUAGGGGAUGAUAUGUCCUAUUUUAUUCUAUCUUAUUCUGUUCUGUUCUGUUCUAUUCUAUUCUAGCGUAUGGCAUCCUCUGAUUGAGGAUCGGGGUGGUGGUAUUUGUAGAGGGAUUGAGUUACUGGGUUGGAACGUAAUUGAUAUUUGAUUUAUCGUUGCUUUGUUUUGGGGCAUUUUUAGAUGGAUUUAGUACUAAGCACGGAAGGAGGAGA